GCGCCAGUUCUGCUAUACUGGAGAAAGCGACCCCGCCCAGUGAUGCCAGAGCCACGCCUGCUGGAUGAGUACGAGCACCACGACUUCAGGAAGGUGUGGGUGCGGCCUCCUCCGAUGCCCCACAAGACUCCCAAGGACCACUGGACUAAGGAGAAGGCCAUGUUUGGUUGCUAUGACUACCAGGAUAUUUUAGGUGACCACCCGUACAUCCACCCCCGCCACUUGUGUCUGGAGGGGCCGAAGUAUGUGAGAGGUUUCCGUGGCAACGAGCUGCAGAGACUCAUUCGCAAGAAAUGCAUGGCAGGGAAACACAUGGGCGAAGAGGACUGGAAAAACCUUCAGAAGAGGAUCAACCUCCUGUACAGAAGAAUGAACAGAAGAAAAUAAUGCUUCUUGACAUAACAUAUUAUCACUGCAGUGUAAAUUAAAAGAUCAGUAGGAAUGAAUUGAAACUAGAUAAGUGUUUGUAUGUAUAGAGUACAUACUUGAGGUACAGCACAGGUUUCAAAGGGACUAUAAACCCUCCAACAAAAACCAGUGGUUUUGUUGAAAUAAAAUGAAGCCAUUACAAUAAAUAGGUGUUCCCUGCUUUACUCU